AAACCAACAGAAAGCUCUAGUGGCGUUAUAAUAAUAUUAAGUCAUAAGUAACUCAUAAAAAUAUCAGUUUGAGACGUUUUUACAACCCACCGUAUUAAUGAAAGUUGUAAGACUCCUGUGCAUUUUUAUUUUCUCUAUAGCUUCACAUUAUUUGUGUUAGAUGUAUUGAGCUGUUGUAAGGAUGUGUUCCCAUAGAGACCCACGAGGAGCAUGUCACUGAUCCUGUUUGCCUUUGUGGUCCGGGUCAGGGAUGCUCUCCCUCUCUCCGCCUCCACUGAUUUCCUACAUGACAAGGAGCUUCAGGAGAGAAAGCAACAGCUGAAAGUGAUCUCUAAAGCCUUGAGCUUAUUACCAGAGAGAGGGGCCGUCAAGGGCCAUGAGCUCAACAUUUACUUCCUCUCAUCUGAGGGUGUGUCAUACAUGACCGUAUGUGCGUGCAGUCUCCCUGCUGCCGUGGCCUUCUGCUUCUUGGAAGACUUGCGCUGGGAAUUCACAGCAUGCUUUGAGAACACUUCAGUGGCACUGGCAAACAGGCCAUACCCAUUUCUGGAGUUUGAUAGUGUCAUUCAAAAAUUGCAGCACCAUUACAAUCAGAAUGGUGGUCCAUCUCUUGAAGUUACCCUGGGCGAGGUACAGGAGGAGCUCAGGACCAGCCCCCCUCAGGUUCUCACCAUGGAGGACGUGGCACUCACCAACGGAACAGCCAAUGGGCAUGUUGAACUAACAUCUGCACCAGGUCAAGGUCAGAGGCUGGAACCAGUCUCAGCUCCAGGAAUCCUUUCCCUGGUUCUUAACAUCAUGUGUGCUGCCCUCAACCUUAUACGUGGUGUCCACCUUAUUGAAUACACCUUCCAGGAUGAUUAUGAUGGUUUGUGGAAUGUGGUGGCAUUUCUUUUGGCGUUUUUCUGCUGUGUUUGCCAGUGUCAUCUGUAUUUGUUCUACACCUGCCAGAAGAAGCUGAAAUCAUUCACUCUUCUUAUUGUCAUCAUCUUAUGCAAUGCUUUUCUCUUCGGCCUGAGGAACAUCUGGCAGCUGGUCUUCCACAUGUCCGUGGCCUGCCUCUCCUCCCUGCUCACCCUCCACCGCAAACUGCUGGACAGGAAUUCGGACUGUGGAGUAUGAGGACUCCAGUUCACUUCGAGAGAUUGGACAAUGGUAGGGUGAGAUUACACUGGGAAGACUUAUGAAAGAACAAAUAAACUUGACACGGUGGCUCACAUUAACUGAUAUUUUUGUUUUAGCUUUUGGUUUGAUCUGAUAUUGGGAUCAAGUGUUAAUUUUGUAUCAAAUGGAUAGUGAGUGCAAUAGCGUUUUUAUGGGGGUCUUCAAUUUAAUGAAUGCAUAACAAAAUGUUUUCAAUUACGUAUUAUGAUAUGAAUGAAACAAGGAAAAUUGAUACGAAACCAGACAUUAAGCAAGCAUUCAGUUGCCAUUGUUAAUUUUAUUUAUUUGCUGCAACAUAAGAACUUCUGGUUAAUCAUGCUUUGUUCUUUUUCUUUGUUUACCUUUUCAGAACGGGUUAAUUUUUGGUCUGUUUAAGGGGAUUGUUCACCCAAAAAUAAA